AGCAGCCUCCUCUCCUGCGAAUAGUCCUUUACUCAUUCUGAUCCUACAUUCCACCAUUUAUUACUGUAAUUUUAAUUUGAUUACAUUCAUUAAAUCACAGAAUCAGACGGGAUUAACAGUUAUAUUCUCGGUGAACAGCGCAGCGCCUGUUUGUGUCUCAUGAUCAGGAUCCGGUUCUGCUGCAACAGGAAGAAGCGAUGAGAGGCUGAUGGCGCCCGACUAGAAAGCCGUAGCGAGAAUCGCUUACUGAUCCGGAUUAAAUCCAGCGCGGCGGAGGCUCGGGAGCGGGUCCGGGAACGCGCCGUCGUCUCUAGACGCAGUCCGAACUAGGACAGUUUCACUUCAGAAGCACAGAUGGAUUCAGAGGAGAUUGAGGUGGAGAGCAGCAGUGAUGUGGGACACUCUGGGAUGGAGGAGCCGUCCGAGAGCGGGAUGGGCAUGGAGUCGUCAGAGGCGAUGUCUGCUGACAGCAGUGACACGGCCACACUGCCAGCCCUCGCUCCAGAGUCUGACUGCCAUGUGGGACAGAGCUCAGAGGGCAUUGUGGUAUUUAUUCCAGAGACGAGUUCCAGUACAGAUGUGCGUGGAGUUCACCUCCCAGACUCCUCCUCUGUUGCUCAGUCGACCAGUGUCUCCAGCGUCUCCACCGUGACCCAGUCCGUCCUGGUGUCGGAGUCCGCUCAGGUCCUAGUGCACUCCAGCGCUGUUUCUGAGGGAGGGAUGAUGGUGUCUGACUCUACAGCAUCAACCUCCUCAGACCUGGGAUCCGCAAUAGACAAGAUAAUCGAGUCAACUAUUGGGCCUGAUAUUAUGAAUGGGUGUAUUGCAGUAACAAGUGCAGAAGACGACAGUGCUGAAACUACACAGUAUUUAAUCCUACAAGGACCAGACGACGGAGCUCCUAUGGUUGCUCAGAUGUCUUCCUCAGCAUUGUCCAGCCGCAUCGCCAUCGAGGCCUUAGCGGACGGGCCCACCUCCACCUGCCUGGACCAGGCUGACCUAUCAGAGAGUCAACCCGGACACUCCAGCUACCCCGAGCUGGAGGACGGGAGCAGCAGCAGCAGCCGGCCUGACCAGCCCCAGCACUCGCAGUACGUGGAGUGCGGAGGAGGGGGGGAUGACCCGGAUCAGACCGCCGAGGCCCGGUACAUUGAGUGCUCUGGGGCAGAAGCUGACCAGACGCCCCGCCAGUCACGGUUCUCAGAUUACGGAGUGGGUGGCUAUGUGGCAGAAUGCAGCGGGGCCGACAGCAGCCCCCAGAGGAGCUACGUGGUGGAGUGCAGCGAUGGCUAUCUGCCUGAGGACGGACAGGAUCAGCCUCAGCACUCUCGCUACAUCGACAGCAGUGUGGACGACGGUGAGCCCAGCCACCGCUAUGUGGAACACGUAUCCGCCUCGGAGCAGGACUCUAACGCAGCAGAAGAACCACAGCACUCCUACAUGGACCAGAACUCGCUGUACGCUGACGACGGUGCCGUUCAGCACUCACUGGCUGACACAGCCGGUUCACAGCCGCCCGACCACAUGGAGUGCAGCGAAAGCCAGGCUGGUCCGUACAUCAGCAGCAGCGGCACUUACUCCACCCACCCCGAGCCUGAGGCCGUGCCACAGUGGUCCCCAGAGCCGGACGGCUCAGCGGCGCCCCAGGAGGACGAUGUGGCGGUGGUGGAGUCUGGGGUUGUAGCUGGGCCGGGGACCAGAGCUCCGGACCUGGCAGAGCUAGAGGAGAUGAUGGAGGUGGUUAUAGUGCAGCAGUUCAAGUGCAAGAUGUGCCCAUAUAAAAGUGUGUCCAAGGACACGCUCAUCAAUCACAUGAGAGACCGCCACUUCAAACCUCAUGGUGAUCCACCCAAAAAGCGAGGAAGGGGGCGACCAAGGAAGUCUGACACUCUGGCACGACAAGCAGCAGAGGUGAAGAAAGAAGAUCCACCAGAGGAGGAAGAGGAUGAUAUUGUAGAUGCAGGAGCCAUUGAUGAUCCUGAAGGUGACAGUGACUAUAACCCAAAAGAGGAGCAACCGAGGCCCAGACCACCGCCUCAUCGACCAGCUCCUCCCUCCUGCUCUUCAUCUUCAUCAUCGUCUUCAUCUUCAAGGAAACGGCCUCGCAGGAUGGUGGGCCCACCUCGCAAGUUCCUUUUUCACCAAGGAUUUACAGAAACCUCAGCACCAGCCACUCAGACGAGCAGCAAAACAGACUCUCAGGCUCCUGAAGAGGCCAGUUCCUCUGGGCUGGAAAACGGGUCAACCUCCUUAUCCAACGGCUGCACAGCGGAGCCAGGGGUGAGCCAGUCCGAUUCAGAGAACAAAGACCCCUCGUCAAACACAGGACCGGAGGAUGACGAGUUUUUCCCCAGAAAGCGAGGGAGGCCUUCCAAGCGUUUCUUACGCAGGAAAUAUAAGAAGUAUAUAAACCGGAACAAGUACUACAAAUCUCUAAAGCCUCUGCUGAGACCACACAACUGCUGGAUCUGUGGGUCACGCUUUCUGUCUCAAGAAGAUCUUCGAUUUCAUGUGGAUUCCCACGAAGGAAACGAUCCAGAACGCUUCAAGUGCCUCCAGUGCAGCUACCGCUGCAAACGCUGGUCUUCCCUGAAAGAGCACAUGUUCAACCACCAGGGUACCAAACCGUAUAAGUGUGACACGUGUGAUUACUCCAGUGUCUACAAGAAGGACGUGAUCCGACAUUCUGCAGUUCACAAUAAAGACAAGAGGAGGAAGACAGAAGUGUCUUGUGAUGACACUCCUCAGAUUCAGAAAGUAUUGGAGUUCCCGUGCCCCAUCUGCCACCGCGUUUACCCCAUGCAGAAACGCCUCACUCAGCACAUGAAAACCCACAGCACAGAGAAACCCCACAUGUGUGAUAAGUGUGGCAAAUCCUUCAAGAAGCGGUACACUUUCAAAAUGCACCUGCUCACACAUAUCCAGAACUGUGGAAACAGCUUGUUUAAAUGUGAAUUCUGUGAGAUCACCUGCACUGAUAAGAAGCAGCUGUUAAACCAUCAGCUGACCCAUACCAAUGACAAGCCCUUCAAAUGUGACUACUGCAAGUACUCCACCAGCAAAGAGGAUUUCCUGGUGUCUCACAUUGCUAUUAAACACACUGGAGAGAAGCCCUUUUCCUGUGACUUGUGCCACUUCAUGACCAAGCACAGGAAGAACCUGCGGCUGCAUGUGCAGUGCCGUCACCCCGAGGAGUUCGACAAGUGGAGCCAGGUUCACCCUGAGGAGCCAGUGCAGCGGCGCAGGAAACCCUUCUUCACCCUGCAGCAGAUCGAGGAGCUCAAACAGCAGCACGAGAGUCAGGGUCUGCAGGACACCAUCGUAUCGAUGGACCCUUUAACUCUUCAAACCAUGGAGCCCAUGGGGAAUGCCUCUGUGUCUCAGGAUGCACUGGGAAACACCACAAUCAUCUAUGAGCAAGCUCAAUCUUCAGACAUGUCAGCUCAGAAUGCCCUAGACCUUCUCCUGAACAUGAGCAACGCCCGAGAGUUAGUGGGAAACUCACUCCAGGUAGCUGUACUGAAGUCUGAUGGGAAGACUCUAGAAGCAGGCUCGUGGUCUGGAGCGGAGUCUGCAGAUCAGAGUUCAUCUCUGCAGCAGCAUAAAGUGGUGACGUUUCAUGUGUCUGAGAACGGGGAAACGCUUGUUCAGGAGGCGUUUGAGGCGGUGGCUGAGGAGGAGGCGGGAGGAGAAGGAGGCCAGGAGUUUACGCAGAUCGCUAUCAGUGCCUACGAGAGUGCAGGAGAGUUCAGUUUGGUGGAGCAGGCAGCUGAGGAGAUCCACAGCACUGGCCCUGCUUAUAGCGGUGAGGAGGAAAGCUCGGUUGAAGCUCAGGAAGUGAGCAAUGAGUCCUUGUCUGUGUCGACUCCACUAAAAGAACAUAAGGACAAGUUCUACCUGAGCUCCAGCUUGGUUGAUGGAGUGCUGCAGCAGGUGGAGCUGAGCAGUGAGACAAGCUGCUCUCCAUCCCAGAGUGUAUCCCUGCACAACCAGCAGCUCAACACCAAGCGCUUCUCCUGUCGGGUCUGCAUGGAGACUUUCCAAGGCCGUUCUGACAUGGAGAACCACAAGAGGGCGCACGUGGACCCGAACACAUUCAAAUGCCCUGACUGUGACUUCACUGCCCACUCCUGGCCAGAAGUCAAGACUCACAUGGGCAUGCAUUCCUACCUGCGGCCACACAAAUGCACUCACUGCAGCUUCGCUUCCAAAAACAAGAAAGACCUGCGGCGCCAUAUGAUGACGCACACCAACGAGAAGCCUUUCUCCUGUGAAGUCUGCGGACAGAGGUUUAACCGAAACGGCCAUCUAAAGUUCCACAUGGAGAGGCUUCACAUGCAGGAUCCUCCUCCACGUAAGCCCAGAUCCAGCGGCUCCCAGCAGACUAUCAUAGUCAACAGUGAUGAGGAGGCUCUGGCCACACUACAGUCUUUGCAAGCAGGUCAGGCUGUGAUCAGUUCAGAGCAACUGCAGCAGGCUCUGGAGCAAGAACACAUAAUUGUGGCACAGGAGCAAUCUCUCUCUGACCAGGAGGAGGCGACAUACAUCCAGCAGAUCACUACUGUAGACGGCCAGACGGUGCAGCACUUGAUGACCGCAGACAAUCAGGUGCAAUAUAUAAUCUCCCAAGAUGGCGUACAGCACUUGAUCCCACAGGAAUAUGUGGUGGUCGCUGAUGGGAACCACAUUCAGAUGGAGGACGGUCAGAUUGCUCAUAUCCAGUAUGAGCAUGAAGGGGCGUUUCUACAGGAGCAGCAGAUCGCUCUGACUCACGACGGACAAAUCCAGUACUUCCCCAUCAGCUCUGAGCAGCAGAUAGUCAGUCCUGAGGAUCUGGAGGCCGCCGCCCACUCUGCCGUCACCGCUGUAGCCGACGCAGCCAUGGCCCAAGCUCAGACGGUCUACACCACAGAGGCCACGCCCGAACAGCUGGAGCAGAUGCAGCAGCAGGGCAUCCAGUACGACGUCAUAACCUUCACAGGGGAAUAGAGACCUUACACACGCUGGUGUAAACACACUCGGAUUGCGAUACAGGACGCGGCCUGACGUCGUCAAGAAACGUGAAGAUCAGCAGCUCACUUCCCUGUUCUUCAUAGAGAACUGAACGGAUGAAGAUGACUCAAUCUGCUGUUACCGCGUGAGGCAGGCCGUGUGCAGCAGAGAUAUUAUUUGUGUAUAUUCUGUACAGUAUGUAAGAAGAUUCAGUGAGGCGGUACAGUCGUAAAAUAUGAUAUGACAUCACACCUUGUAAUUAUUUAAUAUGAUUAUCUUGCUGUGCCUCCACUGUUCUGCUUUGUAAAAUAUAGCGAGAGUGAAUUAAAGAAUCAGUAUUUAAUUAAAUAUAAGCAUUGGUUUGUUAUACUGUAGGAAAUGUUGAGGAAGAGUGACUGCAGAUGGUACUGGGUACUGUUUCUCUGUUUGGGAGCCACACCAGAGCAAAUGUAUGGACUUUUAUUUUGUAAUAAGUCUCUCUGAAGCAGUGGUGAAGUAGCAUUUUGUUUUUUGAUUUAUGUCUAUGUUUUUUAUGUGUAGAUAGAGAAUUUUGCAGGAGGUCUCUGCUUUGAGAGGCAAAGCUGAGAGUGAAUGCUCAUACCAAAUAAAUCAUAAAUCUACUUUAACUAAGCUGUCUGAAGUAAACAGCCAACCUGGAA